ACAUGAAUGAUGAGUCGCUCAUCGAAGUCGACGGCCUGCUGGUCAACGAUUUCCUUCGCGAGAAGAACGUGCGGGCGGCGAUGCACUACCGACCACGAGACGAUGACGUGUUCAUCGCCAGCUAUCCAAAAUGCGGCACGACCUGGACCCAGUACAUCGUGUGCAACAUCUUCUCCCGUGGCAACGCCCCGAACAACGUGACAGACUUCCUGCUCCAGGCGCCGUACUUGGACUUCAUGGGCGCGGACGCUCCGAAAAAGAUGCCCAGGCCCGGAGCUUUGAUGACGCACUUGCCGUUCAGCAUGCACUGCCAUUCCGAUAAGGCCAGGUACAUCUAUGUGGCCAGAAAUCCCUACGACUGCGCAGUCUCGUACUACCAUUACCUGCUGGGACACACGCCCAAGACCUGCAGUGACGUUUCGUUCGAAACGUUCGUGAGGGCAUUCAUCGCCGGACGCGUACCCUAUGGAGACUACUUUGACCACCUGCUCUCCUGGUACGAGCACCGACACGAUUCCAACACCUUAUUUAUCACAUACGAAGACCUCAAGAAAGACACAGCGACGUGCGUCUUGAAGAUCGCCGACUUUCUCGGCAAGCAAGAGUACGGAGACGUGCUGCGCAGUGAUCCCGAGCUCUUCCAGAGGAUUCUGGACUCUUGCAGUCUGGGAAACAUGCGAGAAGUGUUCAACUGCCGCUGCGAUAGCUUUGUAAGCGCCUUGCUAGAGCUCCCCGAGGGUAAGCGGUUAGACUCCAUGGAGAUCUACAGGAAGAAAGGCCUAACCAAACGAGAGUCUCACGAGGGUUCUGGGCGUGUCCGCAAAGGAAAGAUCGGUGACUGGAAGAACCACUUCACGACGCCCGAGCUCCUGGACACUAUGAAGUGCUGGAUCGAGGCGAAGACCAAAGGCACGGAUGUUAUGCGACUUUGGGAAGACCUAAACCUACCUUGAACGGUGCGUCCCGUACUUCCGCAUGUCCAGCGCCUUGUUUCUUCCGAAUCAUGCGGGGAAGAUCGGUGAAAUCUUAUUCUCCGCGACAAGCACACGUAUAUAAGGAAUUGUCGUUCAGCGACAGAUGUGCAGAGAAGCAAAAAGAGGUACCAGGUGCACUGUGCAUGUUAUUUUUUAAAGAAAAAAUACACAUUUUAGCAACUGCAAAAUCCACCUUCAUUGCGUUAUAAUCUUCAUACUUUACAAGAAUCUACCAACUGUGUUUCUACAUUUCAUGAACAUGAAGGACAUUCUGAUGUUUAUCUUUGGUCAGGGAUCCUCACGUCGAUUAUUCGCCAAAUUUCUGCUUUAUUCGCAUGAAGCACUGUCAGCACCAUCAAUUCAUUUUUCUGCAACCUAUACUCUUCAAGAUAUGUGAGUUAUGAAUGUAUAGUUAAUUUUUUAUGACAACAAAUGCGUCUUCUGCUA